GAGAUCUUUUAUUUUUAAAAACGUUUCACCGACCAAUCACAUAACGCGAAAUAGCGGAGGCGGGGCUAAGGUGCGGUAACUAGGCAACCACAUGACAACAAGAAGCUCUCAGUGAGAUGAGUGAGAAACUAGACGGGUUUAUAUUAGAUCAAGUCAUUCGAUUUAGUAGCUAACUGACUAGUCUAUUUUUUUUUUAUAUGUUAGUGAAAUAAUGGAAGAAGAUACACAUCAGCACUCACCACGCAUUUAUGUAGAAAGGACUUUAGCUUUGAUCAAACCCGACGCUUUAGAUAAAGCAGAUGAGAUCGAGGAUGUGAUUCUUAUGUCGGGAUUCACUAUUUUACAGAAACGUAAGCUUCAGCUGAGCCCCGAGCAGUGCAGCGAUUUCUACGCAGAGCAUUAUGGACAGUCAUUUUUUCCAAGCUUAACAGCGUUCAUGAGCUCUGGCCCAGUCAUUGCACUUGCGCUGGCGAAGCAUCAAGCCAUCUCUACCUGGAAACAUCUGAUGGGACCAAACAACAGCAGCGAGGCCAGAGAGACCCAUCCUGACAGCCUGAGAGCUAGAUUUGGGACAUCUGACUUGAGGAACGCUGUACAUGGCAGUGAAACAUUUAUGGCAGCUGAAAGGGAGCUCAAGUUCAUGUUUCCCAACUCUGUUAUUGAACCCAUUCCUAUGGGUGAAGCUGCCACAGAUUACCUGAGCAGGUAUAUAAAUCCAACCCUCCUCACAGGCCUGACUGAACUGUGCAAAACAAAACCAGCCGAUCCGUUCACAUGGCUGGCUGACUGGCUGAUUCAAAACAACCCGAAUAAACCCCAAAUAAGCGAAGGGACCGUGGUUGAUGAUGCAGCUGAACUUAAUUAAAAAUAACUUUAUAGGUUUUCUGACAGAAGACUUUUUUUUCAUGUAGUGCCGAAAAUGAUUUAUAUAAAAAUGAGACUUUUUCAGACAUUAUUUUAUGGUUUUGUUUAUUAAUUAGUUAUUCUAUGCAUUUAGUGACUGGAUACUUUUUAUUUGCCAGACACAUUUAUCCAGAGAAACUUACGACUGCACUAAAUUGCUGAAGGUUAACGGACUUACUCAUGGACCAGCAGUGAUAGCUUGGUGGUAUAAGAAUUUAAAUUCACACCCAUCCGAUGAGUCCAGCACCGUAACAACCCCUGAGCCACCACCGCACUUCACAUGAUACUAUUUAUGAAAGUCUAAUGAGUGGCAUGGCGGUGCAAGAGGUUCACAGACUCACUUUGAGCUACACAGCUCCAUCGUCUUGGUUUUGAUCCUGAGCUUGGGUUACUGAAUUUCUCAUAUUUUCCCUGCAUCUAUCUUUGUGGGUUUUCUUAUAUCUUUCACACUCCUACCAAAAAACACGCCUGUUGGAGGAUUGAUGAAUUUCAAUUGCCUCUAGGUGUGAAUAAGUGUGUGAUUGUGUG